UAUAUGUGCUCACCAAUGCUGACAUCAGCUGUCAAAGCAGAAAUGGCGUAUCGAUAAUGCUCUUCUCAAAUAUCGAACCAUCGCCACCAAAAUAUCGAUAUCAAAGCUAGUUGUGACCUUUUUGAAGCAAUUCCCGAGUAAAUACUAACAUGAAUUCUUUGGCCAGACUUGGGAGCUAUGUUUGCCAAAGUGUGCAAAUCGCCGGCUGUGGCUUGCAGCAAGUGCGCACAAAAUACGCCGACUGGCGAAUGAUUCGCGAUGUGAAACGGCGCAAGUGCGUCAGCGAGCAUGCCAAGGAACGUUUGCGGGUAAACUCGCUACGCAAGAACGACAUAUUGCCUCUUGAGCUGCGUGAGGUGGCCGACGCAGAGAUUGCCGCCUUCCCAAGGGAUUCAUCAUUGGUUCGUGUGCGAGAACGUUGCGCGCUUACGUCACGUCCGCGCGGAGUGGUCCACAAAUAUCGUCUCAGUCGAAUCGUGUGGCGUCACUUGGCGGACUACAACAAGCUGUCGGGUGUGCAGCGUGCAAUGUGGUAGAAUUAAGCUGUUUUGUUUCCCUUCGUUUCAUUUAGCAUUGUCACAAGCUAUACAAAUAAAUACAUAAAUCUAAUUGAA